GCGGGCGGCCGCCAUUUUCCCCCCGGCGACGGUUGUGGCGACGGCGGUGAGGAGGGCCGGCGGGGGCCAUGUCGGCCUUCUCGGAAGCGGCGCUGGAGAAGAAGCUGUCGGAGCUGAGCAACUCGCAGCAGAGCGUGCAGACCCUGUCGCUGUGGCUCAUCCACCACCGCAAGCACUCCGGGCCCAUCGUCACCGUCUGGGAAAGGGAGCUGCGCAAGGCCAAACCAAACAGGAAGCUGACAUUUCUGUAUCUAGCCAAUGAUGUCAUUCAAAACAGCAAAAGGAAAGGGCCUGAGUUUACAAAAGACUUCGCACCGGUCAUAGUGGAAGCUUUUAAGCACGUUUCCAGUGAGACCGAUGAGAACUGUAAGAAGCACCUUGGAAGAGUGCUCUCCAUUUGGGAAGAAAGGUCUGUGUAUGAAAACGACGUAUUGGAACAGCUCAGACACGCACUCUAUGGCGAGAAGAAGUCUAGGAAGCGCAUGUAUGAACAGAUAAAGGUGGAUGAAAAUGAGAACUGUUCUGCUGUAGGCUCCCCAAGUGAUCCUCCACAGACCACGGAUCUCACUCGAGCCCUGCAAGAACUCGAAAACGCAGCCUCCAGCGACGCAGCCGUUCAUCAGAGGAUAGCUUCGCUGCCCGUUGAGGUCCAAGAUGUUUCUCUCCUCAAUAAAAUCACAGAUAAAGAAUCUGGCGAACAGCUGUCUAAGAUGGUAGAAGACGCGUGCAUGUUGCUGGCGGAUUACAAUGGCAGGUUGGCAGCAGAAAUAGAUGAUAGGAAGCAGCUAAUUCGCAUGCUCUCAGAUUUUCUCCGGUGUCAAAAAGAAGUCCUUGCAGAGAAAGAACAUAAACUAGAAGAAUACAAGCGCAAGCUAGCCAGAGUGACCCAGGUCAGGAAAGAACUCAGGUCCCGCAUCCAGAACCUCCCGGAUUUGUCUCGGCUGCCCAACGUCACGGGCAGCCACGUCCACCUCCCUUUCGCGGGGGACAUCUACGGCGAUGACUGAGGGGAAGCGGGAGGACCCGUCCCGUCCACCCCCGCCGGAGCCGGCAGAGCGGCGGGGAGGUGUUCCCGUAGUGUUAUUUUUGUACACCGUCGACAGAGUGACGCCGACAAAAAAAAAAGUUCCAACCGUUUAUAAAAUCGGUGUGAAAAGGUGGGUCGUUUCCAGGCUCCCCCGUUGACUCGGUUUAUAAAGGGUGACCUCUGUACCUGUUAAUACGUUCACGGACGGGUGAUUAUUUAAGAAAAAGAAUUCUUAUCUUUUGUAUAUUUGUGGAUCGCAGGCCCUGUGGAAAUGCAGAUGCUUCUAUUUUCUUUGGGAGAUCCGGGGCGGGGUCGUCGCUGGGUUCCUCACCUGCGGUCAGUGAAGCUUUAAUGGAAAUGCUGUCACUUGAAGGGCCGAACGCCAACAGAGGGUCUGGUUUGCGGGGGUGUCUCAGAAAGCGCAGUCCAGUUUGGGUGUUGGGGUUGUACAUCCCGGGCUUCUCUCUCGCUCCCUGGAAUUUCCCUAUUCCCUCUCCCGGCCUUCCCACACCCCUCUCCCCCACCCCACAGGCACUCCCUUGGAUAGUAGUAACCGUCGUUCAGUCCCGAUCAGCUCGGGCUUCCCGAAUGAUGCCUGCUUGCAGGUGGGGAGAGGGAGAGCCUCAGGAAGGCGGCUGGGGAAAAGCGACAAAGAACCGGCAUUCGAACCCGUAGUCGGGGGCGACGGCGGGGGGCCGUAAAAGACCGAAUCCAUCCUUUCCUAGACGACCCUGAGGCCCCAAGAAACCCCAUGGAUCCCGGCCCUUCUAAGGAGGUCCGUUUACCUCGGUGAAAAACACCCGCUUUCGAGGAAAAAGCUAUCCAACGGGACAGACGUCAAGCAGGAAAACGCUGGGAAUCAGUACACAGGCAAAUGGGGAUGCAGAUAGAGACAUCCGUUCAAAACCACAUCUGCCAAACCGGCUCCCAGCUGAUCCUGGUUGUUGAUGUGAAAUCAUCUCCCAAAAGCGGAGAGGGGGGCUUCGAGUCGCCCCGAUUUUGAAGGAAAUGUAGGUUCAACCUAAAUGGGUCCGGGGGUGCGGAGGAGAGGAGAUCUCUGAGUGUUUAUAUUCAUUCCCUCUGGCCUCUACGAGCCCGUAUCGCCCAAUUUGCGGUCCUUUGGAAUUCAGAGAUAAUUUAAGCCGAACCAAUAUUGGACGCCUCUCGCUAAUCAAUUUCAAUCGUGAAAGCUUUUAACCUCCAUCAGCCCGGCAACUGUAAAAAUAGGACACCGGAUUCCCAGGAGGAAAUGUGCAUGAAGUGAACUGUAGAACGAUUGCGUCCUUAGACUGUCUGACUGGCUGAAUAUUGUAGAAAAGACAGUAAUGCGACAGGGUAGAUCUGCUGUGUCAUAU